AUGGCGAUGAAAAGACUCCUGGGGUUGGAAAAGCGUCUGUCCAAAGAUUCGGAACUUCGACAAGGAGUGAAGGAGCAGAUCAACAGCUACGAGCAAAAGCAGUACAUCAGUAAGGCUUCAACGGGAAGAGGUCGGCAGUCUGGAUACUCGACGUGUCUGGUUUCUACUGCUGGGAGUAGUUAUCAAUCCCAAAUAGCCUGGCAAUAUUCGGAUGGUAUGGGAUGCGACCGCAAAAAAAAAGCCUGCUUCAACGACAUGCUGCUCAAGGGUCCUGAUCUUCUUGUGUCGCUAGUGGACGUUUUGCUGCGAUUCAGACAGGGGAAAGUCGCCGUGUGUUCUGGCAUCCGGAAAAUGUUCCUCCGAAUCCUAAUUCGCGAUGAAGACAGUUGGUCACUGUGCUUUCUUUGGAGAAGUAAUCCGGAGGAACUACGUGAAGUCUACGUGAUCAACGUGGCGAUAUUCGGUGCAACCAGCUCGCCAUGUACAGCGCACGUCAACUCGAUGGAAGAAGCAGUACAGUUGGAACAGCAAGUGCAAGAUAUCCAUGCAGCAGCCGGUUUCCAGUUUGGGAAGAUACUGUCCAACGAGAAGGCAGUGCUAGACCGACUAGGAGAGACGAGUACAGCGAUCAGUAAACCACUGCCAGUAGACAAAGACCGAAUAUGCGAACGUGUUCUGGGCGUCAUAUGGAUCCCGUCGGAAGACGCAUUCACAUUAAAUCAACAGGGAUUGGAGGAAGUAUUAGGUGCCGAUUGGGCAGCACCAACAAAGCGACAAGUCCUGCGUAUUGUGAUGAAGCUCUACCACCCCUUAGGACUCAUUGCACUCUUCGUCGUCCAAGGGAAGAUCCUGAUGCAUGAGAUUUGGCGAACAGAUACUAGCUGGGACGAGCCUAUUGCGGAUCAGCCACGUGAGCUUUGGAUGAGGUGGAUCAAACAUUAUCGGCAGAUCAACGAAGUGAACGUUCCUCGCUGCUUCUUCAAGGAUUUCUGUCCGCAGCAAGUCAGCGAUAUUCAGGUCCAUGUGUUCACAGAUGCGAGCGUGUCAGCUUGUGCGUGUGUGGCCUACCUUAGAAGGACUGGGAACGGAGAGAGUCAGUGUUCGUUGAUUGCAGCGAAGACAAAAGUUGCACUUCUACGAACGUUAUCCAUCCCACGUUUAGAGCUUCAGGUUGCCAUGAUGUGUUCCCGUCUACUGCAGAACAUCUGCUCAGCCCUUAUCAUCGAUAUCCACAGAUGUUUCCUGUGGUCAGAUUCAGCAACACUUCUUGCUUGGCAUCGCUCCGGUAGUCGUCGGUAUCAUCAGUUCAUGUCUUUCCGUGUUGGCGAAAUCCUGUCGUUAACCAGUGUGGAUGAAUGGCGCUACGAUCCUUCCCGCGAAAAUGUUGCGGACGAUGCCACGAAAUGGAAUGGGGGGCCUUCAUUCGAUCCGAGUUGCCGUUGGUACCAGGGUCCAGCAUUUCUGCAAGAUCCGGAAAGUCAGUGGCCUACGGAACGGCCAGGAGAUACAGCGGAAGCAGAUACUGCUACGUGCGACAGCAUAUGUUCACCGAGCUGUAGUAGUAUGAAAGCACUCAACGAGCGGGACAAGAUCGCUUAA